ACUCCGCUGCGGUGGAUGUGGCAAGAGCAAGCCGUCAACGAAUGGAGCAGGAGGAGGAGGUGGAGGUGGCGGUGGCGGAGGAGGAGGGGGUGGAGGGAUGGGGAUGAUGAAUGGAGGAGCCCCCAGCUGGCAGGACUCUUUGCGGGGGGCAUGCCCAAGUUGCGGCCCACGGGGAAGGGGAUUUCAACCUCGCCAAGCCGGAGUGGCCCACUGCUGCCCCCUGGGAGGAAGCCCGCGCCUGGCAUUCCCUCCGGUGACAGCGCUGACUCCGAUAACACCUCCACCAACAACAAUAACAACAGUAUACCGCCUAGUCCAAAGCCUAGUAGUAAGAGCAACCCUGCACCACCACCUCCGCCGCCUGCCAACCUCAAGCCCACGCUGACUGGGGACCGGCCCAACAAGGGACCUCUGCCCCCUCCCCCUACCAGCAAGCCAGCACCCCCUCGCCCCCCCAUGGAUGACAGACCAGCACCCGCACCGCCCUCCCCUGACGGUGCCUUCCACCCAGCACUCCCCAGUAAGCCAGCCUUAGUGGGUAAGCCCAGUCUGAGCAACAAGCCAGCACCUCCCAGACCUCCCAAUGGUUCUAAGCCUUCUAAGCCAACGCUGCCUCCCAAAAUAACAGUACAGCCCAACGGUGACUCUCUCUCUUCCAACAAGACUGCCCGGGCCAACAGCAUGAGGGUGAACCGCUCCGACCUGCAGAACCACAGGUUUUCAGCAGAGGAGAACCUGCUGCCCUCCCGAACCUUGCCCCCCAGUCACCACCACAAGAGCUCGCCAGGUCACCCCGCCAAGCCAAACACGGUGGGCCGUUACAUGGGGGUCAACAUCGUCCGCUCCAUGACCCGGCCACCCACAGACCGGCCACCCCCACCCCCCAUCAGCCGGCCCAGUGUGCCCCCACCCAGCCAGCCUCCGCCACCUCCCCCCAGCCGGGCGGUCACCGCGUCAAAGCCAGAGCUCCCCAGCUCGGCUCCGCCCCAGCCUCCCAGCAGACACUCCUCGCACUUAUCCAGGUCCUCAGGUAGUGAAUUUGAGAGCAAGUUCUAUUUCCACACCCUCCAUGAGUUCCCCUUGCCCAUCACCUUCUCCAACUGCCUCAAGACCUACCCCAGCAAGAACGUCAAGCCAAUGGGUCAGCGCAGAGCCCCACCUCCUCCUCCUGGCCCCAACCCCUCCACUGCCUCCAUGUCCUCUGCCUCCUCCCAGUCCUCCCUCCACUUCCCCACCCACACCCACACCUCCCCUCCUCCCCCUCCACCCCAUGCUCCUCUCCACCUACAAGUGGGUGCCAAAAUGUAUGGCACAGAAGCGUCCUCCCACUGCUAAGGGCGGUGAGGUGAUGGGUGAGACAGGCCGGCCGUGUGUGUCCCUUGUCCUCCCCGUGCUGGGCUGAGUAUACAUAUGGUCAGCUCUAGUGUGUGUCUGCUUGCCUAUGCAAAAUAAAAAGAUAGAAAUUACCCAUUGUGCACAAGUGAUUGAGGCUUCAGUAAGUGAUAUCCAAGAGACACAAUUAACACCAGUACAUUUGUAAGGUAGAGACACAGAGAGAAAGAGAGAGAGAGAGAGAUUUAGAUGAAGAACAGAUAGAAGUAAUUGUUUCUUCAUUUGGCUGUGGUUCAUGAUAAUAAUGAUUAUGGUGAGAGUGAUGAUGGUAUCAGCAGGAGGGAAGAAGCCUUGUCUGUGUGUGCUCCAGUAACCAGCCUGGGCCAGUCUCUCCCGCUGGGGAAGAUGCCUGUAGCAUUUCCACUACACCCAUGGGAGAAGUGAAUUUUGCACUGGCACUGUGUGAAAGUGCAAAAGUAGAACUGCAUAGAAGUGCCUUUUGUAUCAUACCACAUACCUUUUGCUCUUGAUGAACCUUGUUGAGGCCAAGUACUGACCCAUUAACACUUCUCUCUCUCUUGUUACCCGUGUGAUAACCCGAGUCAGGGUGGCGGAAGGGACGGCAGAAAGUGGAGUGUGCAAUAUUUACUAGCGCGCCGAUUGCCUGGGUUGUGUGGAAGCGGUGGAUGGUGGGAACCAGGCAAUGGGGGGAACCAUCUUCCAAAAAUAAACUUCCAAGAGUGCCAAGUUACUCCUGUUUUUCUUGUGUAAAUAUUGUUGAUGUUCAUGCAAUUAUCUGCUCACGUUUUGUAACCAUUGGGGUGUUAAGCCAAAAUCUAAAUAAAACUUUAAAAAAAAAAAAUGGCGAGGGUGACCGAGUACAAGACAGUUCUUAGUUCUUUAAUGUUGACUCUGCUGAUGUUGGAGGAGACCUUCGGUUACUUAGACCCUAGAAAUGUUCCUUGUUACUUAUUGAUUAAUUGAAAACCAUUCUGGUCGUUGCACUCGUGUUAUGUUUCAUGCAUCACUGCAUCAGCCUGGACUAUUUUUUGUAUCAUUUCAUGAGCAAAUAGAGCCAUGUUAUGUUUGUUUGUGGUCAGAAAAGUCAGCUGUCCAGUGUGACGUCAUGUUUUGUUGAGGAAGUAAUGUGUGUGCCAUGGUAUUGUGAUGGAGACUAUAACAUACUUAAUAUAUAUUUUGUUGCCUCUUUACACAGGAUCUUCAUUUGUAGGUCAACAGAUUUUUUUUUUCCAGUUGUCCCAUCAUGAAACAACAGGAUAAGAAAGUGAAUGAAAAGUUGUUAAGAUUUACUGUAAAAGAGAAUGUUAAACUUUAAUAACCUUCAUUUUUAUUCUUAAUUAGGGUGUCCUCUUGGAUGGCAAGUCCUUUAACAAAAUGUUAAUUUGUCUCGAGAAGUGAUUUACAUACAUUCCUUGUAGGUGCCAGCUUUUCUAUUUGUUACAUUAGUCACUUAUGCUCUUAGUUCACUGGCUCAACAUGUCUUUGUGAUUACACUUAAUUUCCACACCAAGUCUCGUAGAUGUGAAAGCCGCCGUUUGUGGACUAAGCUUUGUGAUUUGGGUAACAUAUCAAAGCUGCCACCAGCCACAGAAAUGGUGGAAGGUCUUUUGUGGUGGGAGGAAGUCUGGAAUCCCGGCAAAGACUGUGGACUGGUCGUGAGUAGUGCAGGCCGUCCAUGACUCUCUUUAUUAGACGUUCCGGGAGCAGCCAGUGCCUUGAGACAGAGGAGGGAGCCGUGGUGGACGUCCCCAGACGUCUGUCACACUCUCCUGCCUCGCCCUCUUCUUCACUAGUUCAUGCCAGCUCUUUGGGAGUGCUCACUCUUCACACCUCACACUGCUCCUUCUGUUUGCCCAUUAUUUAUGUCUUGAAUCAUAUUCAUGCAAAUCAUUGUUUUAUACUUACAGUUACUAAUUUUGUUUGAUAUAAAAGUACCUAUUUUUUUGUAGCUAUUUUAGAUAUAUAUUAUAACCUGGUCCCUGCACCAAGCCUGUGUUGCUCUGCAGGACUGAACACUACUGUAUUUAUUACUAGCUGACAUGAACCUGUCCUUUGCCGGUUGUCAUGCCAAGCCAUGGCAGCGCGGUGGAUGCCUGUACACUCUAGUCUCAUGGUGGGUGAUGCUGUGCCAGCCCUUGACUCACCCUCUGUCCUGUGGCCCUCACUUCUCAUCACCUCAGUGUUGUAUGGCUUAGUGAGACCAUCAGUAUGUUCAGUCAGUCCCACGUAACCUUUCCUCCCCUCAAUGAAUGAUCCAGAUGAAUUAAAUGUCUUAAUUCACUUGGUAAUCACAAAAUUCAGAAUAGUGCACUUAUUGUAGAUUUGAGUAUUUAUUAUUCCAGACUCUUACUGGGUCAACUGGGUCACUAUUUUAUUGAUAAUUAUCAAUAAAUUCCACAGCAUCAUGACAGAAGAAAUUGUGGGUUUUCACACAAGCAAAUUUUGCACCAAAGUGUUGGUGCUCAUUUCAUGGAAAGCAAGUUUUGAUUCCCCUGCUGUAAUGGAUUAUUGUAAUGGUUAUUCAGGCCACUUGCUUUCUGUAAAUCAUGAUUGAAAAUUAUAUUGGAAAUAUUUCUCAAAUCUUUGACAAUACAAUUAUUAGAUGAGAACUGUUUCCAUUUAUGAUUUACAGAAAUGUUGCACUACAAGUGGCAUGAUGAAUAAGCAAGCAACAGAUUAUUUGUGUGCAUCUUGCUUGUGAUCCCCUUAGUAAAUCCAGGUAGCACACCUUAUUGAGGCUCUUUUAGUUCUGUCUGACCCAUGUUAUUAAAUUCAGUGUGUUUUGUUGCACACAGUAAUCAGUUUGCUCCAGGUACAUGAGCUGAAAUUCUGGAGACAGUCACGUGGUGCAAGUGCAGGGCUUGAGAGCACAUAACACACACACACACACACACACACACACACACACACACACACACACACACACACACACACACACACACACACACACACACACACACACACACACACACACACACACACACACACACACACACACACACACACACACUGAGGGAAGGUGAGGGAAACAGGGUGAGGCAAGGGGUGGCAGGCAUCACCCUCACACCCUGACACCCUCACACAGGCAGGGGGCAUGAAUUGGCAUGGGCGCCGGGAAGCUACAAGUCCUUGUCCCAUUUUGGUGUGUUGAUCACAUCCUUGUUUAUAUAAUUUGCAACGUAGAGCUUGUUGUUUGGGAAAGGUGAUUCAUGGGAAUGUGACACUGCUACACCAGGACUCUGAGUGCUGUUUUAACACCACAGAGGAUUGUAGAUAAGAGCUCAGUAAGACUCCCUAUUGUUAUUUUUUCUUCUUUUCAUAUUAUUCUUGAAAGUGAGAACAUUGAAUUAGCUAAAGGAAAGCAUGACUGGAUGAAAAGUUGGCACAUUAGCAAACAAGGAAGUCUUAUGCAACCAACUUAAUUUUGUAGGAUUUUCUUCUAAGUGAAACAGUGGAAGUAUCUGUGGGAACUUUAAUGUGUGGACAUUUCACUCACUUUCCUCAAAGAAAAAAAAGCUAAAAAAUUUGUCUAUUAUUAUCAUGGAAACACUGAGAACCCAGACAAGUGGAGAGUUGAGCUGAGUGUUUGGUGGGAGGCAUGGCGCCACCAAGCAUCCUGUGAUGGUUUGUCCCACAGCGCUGCGCUCCACAAGCCACGUGCACCUCUGCCCAGACCACAACUUACUUAUCCUACACUUCAUUUGCUGUAUGAUUUACACAUCUGUUUAAAUCAUCAUACAUUCAUCAGCUUAUGUAUGUAAUAUUGACUAUUUUAAUAAUCACUAUUUUGCCAGAUCAAAAGCUGUACAUAUACAUGUAAAUAAAGCCUUUGGGUUUAGGUAAGAGCAUCCAUAUAUUAAAAGUGUUAUUAUUGUGCUAUAUUCAUAAAUACAUUACUGAGA